AUGGAUAUUGAUUACUCAAACAAAUCUUUGAGUGAUGGUUUAGGAAGCAGUGGAUCGAGUUAUAGCAAAGACAUGAACGUCGAAAGAGACAUAAACAUGAUUCAACCUUAUGUGUUUGAACCAGUUGAAACCGACUCAAGCGGUGACCAUGAAGAUUUGGAAGAAAUUGCUUUGGAAUCUUCGUCAAGUUCUGACAAAACCACCAGACUUCAGGACACAAACUGGUAAUUAUUUACUAAAAUUUGCUUCUAUUAUUUAUUUUGUAGAUAUGUAGGUUAAGCUUUUUCAGCAACAUGCACAACUAGGGUUAUUAGUGCUUUAAUUGUUUGUACAUUAUUAUGGGUGGCAUUAUUAUACAUUAUUAUGUUUGUACUUAUAUUAAAUUAUUAUAAUUUUCAAUGAAUCAAACAUGACUGAAAAUCAUAAAUUCAACUUUAGCCCAAAUUAACUUGGUUUAACCCAAAUUAACUUAUGAUUAAAUUGGAACUUGGCAUUAUGUAGGUGCCUUUCAUGGCGAACAAUUUCGUACAGUCAGUGGAAUGCACCGCAGGCACGAAAAUUAUAGCGACAUGUACCGCAGGCGCGGAAUCCAAUAUGGCGGAAAGAUUAUCUUCCCGGGAUCGUCCACGUACAGGUUAUUAUAAACAAUUACACAACUUAACAACAGACAUACUUUACAAAACAAAGACAGAGAAAAGAAGAAAACCUCCAGAAGACAUUUUUUAUGAAGUUGAGAGGAUUAUCUCACGACGUGUGAUAAAUAGAACGGUAAAGACAAGUAUUAGUAUUUUUAUAAUUUUAGGUCACAAAUUUACAUGAUAUUAACAUGCAGUGGGUGAAUAUAUUUGUCUUCCUUUUAUCUUACAGAACAAAUAUUUAAUAAAAUGGAAAAAUUACAGUCUGUUUAAUUGCUCUUAAUUGUUCUUGGGAAGACGAGGAAGAUCUUACUCCAGACCUCAUCAGGUAUAAAAUGGUGACCCUGCCCAUUUAUCAAUAUCAUAUGCAAUUUUUAUAGUGAUAUCUCGUGUUUGGGCAUUUAUUCCCUGAUAAAUAUUGUCAUUGCUCAUUAGCUCAAAAUUUCAUGUUGGUGCGAUGCUUUUUACUUGGUUAACAGUUCACAAAAAGUGAUAUUCACAACCCCCUGGAAAUAAUAUGUGACGUUUUGCUUGGCCUGUUUUAAAGUCAGGGCAAUUACUGAGUUGACAAUAUUUGUGUGAAUAGUUAGCAAAAUUUAAAGAAGGGGAAAAGUUCGCUGACAUUAAUCUUAAGCAAUAUUUAAAUCAUUUCACAAAAAGCUUUAGAAUUAAAAUUGAACUUUAAUUAAACCAUUUUUAAUUUGUUCAGGACAUAUGACAGACCCCCUGUUAACACCGAAAGACUACAUGCAAAUCUGGAUACAUUGCUGCAGGCAAUUGUGGUAAGACUGAAGAGCAAAGCUAGACCACCAUCUAGCGUUUCUUUCCACCAUGACUGCUAUCGACACUGUUUUUACAGCAAAGGAAGGCUUUCCCAAGAUGGCAAAUCAGUGUUCUUGGAUAGGCAUGAUUUUGGGGACUUCAAUUUUUUUACUGGAUGGGAUCAUUGUCUGGAUACGAAUGGUGAUGGAGUUAUCAUAAAAUACCCGAUCAAGAUCCGUUCCCUUUUAUCCUGGUCACCCAAAGUCUCAGUGAUACAGAAUGGCAUUCUAACGCCUGCGCCAAGAAUGCCUCAAGAAAAACUGUUAGUUGACUUUAUACGGCAACCAUUUUCGGUUCUUUCAACAUAG